AGCGUGCUGUUAGGCUGUAAAGAUGGCGGCGGGGGCACUGCAGCGGCGGCGCAUCUCUGCGGCUGUGGCCGUUUUUCUCGCUUUGUUGAACGUGUUGAAGCCGGCGAGCUGCGACGAGCAGGUGCCGCUCGUGCUGUGGACCAGCGGAGGCAUCUCCCUGCCAGCUCAGGCUCCUCCAACAGCCGGACACAUCGUUGGGCAGCAGCAGCUGGCUUCCUACCUGGAGAAAGCUCUGGACGUCGGACCACAUAACGUAGUCCUCUUCCUUCAGGACAAGAUGAGCAUCGAGGACUUCACCAUGUAUGGAGGAGCCUUUGGAAACAAGCAGGAUAAUGUGUUUCCAAACCUGGAGGGAGCUCUGAUGUCAUCAUCCUCCUCUCUGGUUUUACCUGCUGUUUCCUGGCCUGCAUCCAAUGCAGUGAUUGGUCAGCUGCAGGACCAAUUGGACACCUCCCCUCUGUACAUGGACCCUGAGACGCUGAGCCAGCUGAGACUGAACGCCUCCUCGCCUGCUCUGCUCGUGUUCAGACUGCCCUACGGCAUCGGAGCUGAUCUCUUGUCAGCGAAAGAGAUUCUCAGUGGAAACGAUGAAGUGAUUGGUCAGGUGCUGAACAUCAUGAAGUCGCAGUCUGUUCCGUAUACGGCUAUCUACACCGCCCUGCGGCCCUCCAGGGAGGCAGCGUCUCUCUCUGUGGAGGCCGGUCUGGGUGGGGGGCGCUCGCUGCUGCAGGCCAGAGGAAGAUACAGGGAGAGCGGCAGAGAACGGGAGAAGCAGCGGAGGGUCAAGGAGAGGGCUGGAACGUACCCACCCGUCGAGUUUAAGGAGGGGGAGAACAGCUGCAUCCUGCUGUGGGCUAAAAGCCUGUCGGUGAGCAUCCUUCGCAGCGGUCGCUGGGAGGAGCACGACCUCACCCCGUCCACCUUUGGGGAAGGCGUCACCCCCAGACUUGACGGCUCAAGCUGCGACAAAACCAAAGCCAGGUUGGUUCUGAAUUAUGAGAACGUCCUGAACCACCGCAGCUUCAAACUGAUCUUUGCUCUGAGUCAGCGGCAUUACAAGGUGUCGGCACGGCGCUGGUUCACGCUGGACGCCGUGGAGCUGGAAUACGACGGCACCAAAGCCACGUUUAACGGCAGCAGGAACAUUUACGCUCCCGCCGAGUACUCGUACCGCUGCGAGUCCGUCACCAGCUUCCAGUGGCCACUGCUCGUCCCGCGCACAUCCAAAGACCCAGCCAAUCAGUGGAGGGUCUCCUUUGAAGACUUCCAGAUUCAGGGCUUUAACGUGAGCGGCGGUGAAUUCUCGUACGCCAGCGACUGCGCCGGGUUCUUCUCUCCAGGGAUCUGGAUGGGUCUGAUCACCAGUCUGCUCAUGGUCCUGGUGCUCACCUACGGCCUGCACAUGAUCAUGCAGCUGCACACGAUGGACCGCUUUGAUGAUCCCAAAGGCCCGGCCAUCUCUGUGCCACAGACAGAGUAACACACCUGCACCACACCUGUCCAUCCUCCAUCCUCCUCUCUGUCCUCUCACUGCAAUGCUUCCACUCCUCCAACUGCAUUCCUCCCCCCUUCCAUCUGUAUUUGGGCAUUAUUCAGUGCUAUCAUAAUAAGGGUUUAUUCAUUGGUACAUAAAUGUGUCCGUUUAUAUUUGAAAUAUGAGCUGAAGGUGGCCUCAGUUUGUCCUCAUGUGUCAGCCUCUGUAGGCUGGAGGCUUUUCCAGAGUCCUGCCUCUAAAUUAACUCUUUAAUGUUCUUUGAGAAACACACACGGACUCAUGUAGAACAUGAACAAAUCUUUGGGUGAUCCUCCAAACUUUAUCCUGGACUGUAUUCACUGUAAAUCAGCUACAGUCUGUAAUAUGAGGGGAUGAUGUGACAGCAGGGUCACAAACCUGAGACCUUCCAUGACAGUGUGACCGUGACCUCAGCUAACAUCAGCAGGAACUUCUCAGCCACACAUCUUUGUUUGGUGGUGAUCACAGGGCUGUACACUGGCUGUACUGCUCAAGGGUCCAAAGGUUGUGUUCAGCAUUAUUAAGAUGUUGUUCAUUAUAUUUAUUUACUUAUUUAUUUAUUAAGCAUUAAUAUGAUCCUAAAAUGGAAAACCUAAACCUUCCUGUACUUCAUGUAAUAUUUUUUUUAUUGUUUGCUGUUUCUCAGCUGAGUCUGAGGCUGCAGGGAUAAAAACCUGCUAACGUCUGCAUGCAUCAGCAGCACAGCUCUCGCACUCUCCGUGCUCCCUCUGUGAAUGCACUCGAUGAGAUUUAGACUUUCUCCUUAGCUGUCGUGGUCCUGUGCAUGUAGUCUCGGUCCGGACUGAAACUGUUUAAUUUGAACAGUCUGUGCAGCUUUUGUUCUGUGAGGACUCUGGAAAAACCUUCAGAAUCAUAAAUGUUCAAUAUCCUUCAAAAACACCUGAGGCGUAAACUGAGCCCAGUCCUCAGGCUGGAUUCAUUUAACACAGGAAAGGGACGACUGUACAUACGGGAACAAAUGUACGUUAUAGAAAAAGUUAUUUAUUGGUGAAACUGCUGUAAUUAGUGUGUUUGUGUUUACAUUAUUUGACCAGUGAGGUGUAGAUGUUGAAUGAAGGGAGCCUACUCUGUUUAUGGAUGCUAAAGGAAUCAUUUCCACUUUAUUAACUCCAACAUUCUCCAUCAAUUUGAGGAAAAAGCUGAUAAUGAAGCAUUAAAGUUUCCAGUUUGAGUAGUUUUACUUGAUUUUUGUGUUUAUUACUGAAGUGCACUGAAACGUGUUCAAUGUGGAAUUCUUUUUCUCAGUUUGUUUUUCCAUGAUUUGUAGUGAGCAUCGUCGAUGUUUGGUCCUGUGUUGUGCUGCUGUGACCUCCAAUAAAACAUCUGUGAAGAUGGAGAA